CUGAGAUUCUUCCAUUCAACGUCGACCAGUCCACGCCAAAUCAGUCGCCAUGUCGGAAGCCAAGGACAAGAGCGCCAACCCCAUGCGCGAGCUGCGCGUCCAGAAGCUCGUGCUCAACAUCAGUGUCGGAGAGUCCGGUGACAGACUUACCCGUGCUGCUAAGGUGCUCGAGCAGCUGAGCGGUCAGACUCCUGUCUACAGCAAGGCUCGCUACACCGUCCGUACCUUCGGUAUCCGCCGUAACGAAAAGAUCGCUGUUCACGUUACCGUCCGUGGCCCCAAGGCUGAGGAGAUCCUCGAGCGCGGCCUCAAGGUCAAGGAGUACGAGUUGAGGAAGCGCAACUUCUCCGAGACCGGUAACUUCGGCUUCGGUAUCAGCGAGCACAUUGAUCUUGGUAUCAAGUACGACCCCAACAUUGGUAUCUACGGCAUGGACUUCUACUGCUGCAUGACCCGCCCUGGUGAGCGCGUUGCCAAGCGUCGCCGCUGCAAGUCCACCAUCGGUGCCAGCCACCGUAUCAACCAGACCGAGACUAUGCGGUGGUUCAAGCAGCGCUUCGAUGGUAUCAUCCGGUAAAUUAUGUCAAUUAAUUCCGGGGAUUUCGUCAAGCGGUGGACUGUUAUGAAUCAAUCAAGGGAAAAAUUUUUCUGGCGGGCGUUCUCUCGAAUGAUAUUCGCUCUGUCUUCUACCACGGCAUGAGAUAUAGGCGUGCUAGAAUAUCAAACUACCAAACUGUUUAAAACGCAUCCACUUUUCUCAAUGAAGGCUUCACGAAGGGUGAUGAUUUCCGCAUAACCAUUGAUGAAAAGUAUGAUAUGAUGCUGUGCAUGCGUAUCCUCUUCGGGUCCAUGCCUGUUUCGCUGGCCGUGAGACUCGAUCUCAUUGAGGUUUGAGUUCUCUUUUCUUAUCACGACUCGUGGUUUACGUAGUGUCAGGCUAGGUUCCGAAGCUUGUGCCGUUGGC